CGAAGAAGAAAACAACUUCCGGAAAUAGUAUUUAAACUCUCACGAACGGCCACUAACAUGGAUUUAAGCUUGACUUAAGCCAAAACAACUCUUACGCUCAACAAAAUGAAAAUUUCUAAUGAGGGAAAAACGACCGGGGGAAACGAAUCAUUGACUGGCUGACUGUUCAGCCUGUUAAGUAGGUUUAAUAGCCGCGCGGUUCAGGAUGGAAAGACUCCUGUCGGUGCUGACCGAAAAACGAGUCCUGUUCUCGGUUUCCUUUGUAGUCCGACUGGCGUUGGUGCUUUAUGGAGACUAUCAAGACCGGAACAUGGUGGUGAAGUAUACAGACAUCGACUACCAUGUCUUUACGGAUGCUGCGAGGUUUAUCACGGAGGGUCAAUCUCCUUACAACAGGUCAACAUAUCGCUACACUCCCCUCCUGGCCUGGCUACUCACCCCAAACAUCUACCUCAGCGUUGUAUUUGGAAAGCUCCUCUUCAUCGUGUGCGAUGUUCUGUCAGGACUCCUCAUCUACAAGCUCCUGUGCCUGCGGGGGGUCAGCUGUCAGAUUGCUCGUUACGUUUCUUCAUUGUGGCUUCUCAACCCGCUGCCUAUGGGGGUGUCGAGCCGAGGGAACGCAGAGUCUAUCCUGUCCGCUCUGGUGCUGGGAACUUUACUCUGCAUGGAAGUCAGGCGUCUGGCGUGGGCUGCUGUGCUGUACGGCCUGUCUGUUCACAUGAAGAUCUACCCCGUCACAUAUGCUCUGCCCAUCGCACUGAGUCUGCGCUCGCCGCACACCAAGACAACCACAGAGCAUUGGAGCUGGAGGACAGCUUUCGGCUUUAUUGGAAGUUUCCUGAAUUCCAAGCUGAUCCUCUUUGCAAGCGUGGCCGGGGGAGUUUUCUUCACUCUGACGGCGCUGUUCUACUACAUGUACGGUUGGGUGUUUCUCCAUGAAACCUACUUAUACCAUCUGACCAGGAGAGACAUCAGACACAACUUCUCCCCGUACUUCUACAUGCUCUACCUCACUGCAGACAGCAGAUGGAGCCAGGCGCUCGGUCUGGCAGCUUUCCUUCCUCAGCUCAUCCUGCUGGUGGUGUCAUCCUGGACUUUUCAUCGAGACCUGGCCUUCACCUGUUUCCUACACACAGCCAUAUUUGUCUCCUUCAACAAAGUCUGCACUUCUCAGUACUUCCUGUGGUAUCUGUCCUUACUUCCUCUGGUCAUCCCUCACCUGACUCUCUCAGUGAAACAGGGUGUGAUGCUGCUGCUGCUCUGGUUUGCUGGACAGGCUCUCUGGUUGGCUCCAGCUUACUUCCUGGAGUUUGAAGGCCACAACACGUUCUUCCUGAUCUGGUUGGCUGGAUUAUUCUUCUUGGUCAUCAACUCCUUCAUCCUAGUUCAGAUCAUAGCACACUACAAAUCCAGGAAAUCUCUGGAGCGGCAGAAGGCGGAAUGACCUUUUUUUAGGGAUUUAAAUCUCCCGACUUCACCUGGAAGACUAAAGGAAUCUUCUCCGUCUCUGAUAGUCUCAGUUUCAGACUGUUUUGCUUUCUUGGGUUGUGAAAUCUGCGGCAUUUGUGAGAUCCGCUGCGCUUCUGCUUUAGCGAGACACAUGCCUCGUUUGGAUUAACAGUUAUCCUGAGUUAAACCCACGGAUUAAAUGCUUGUCAUUGCAGGUCAGAGCACUUAAAUCCACAGCAGCUCUUGCGCGGCAAAAAACUGCUGUUCUACUAAUAUAUAUAUAUAUAUAUAUUUUCAUUUUCCUCCUUGGAGAUGGAAAGUGUGAAGCGUGCAGCACCUGUGGUUGACGCACACAAUGAAGCAGAUGUUCAAAAUUAAAAUUUCAAAAAGCACUGCAUGCUUUUUUGAGCAGGAA